AGUAAGAAGACUUCCCCCACUAGACAAAGUACCUGGUGAUGUUUUUGUUAAUAUUCACCCACUAAAACUUAUUUUAUCAGCUGUUUUUCAGCACAUACAAACAGACAUGUACCGGUGCGUGGCGAGAAGUGUGUGUAGUGGAGGAAGAGUGUGUCCUACCUUUGUGCCUGCUUACACCCAGAUGCCAUCAUGUACGCUGAGAAACACAGCAGAGGAGAGAAAACACAGGCUAGCUGAGCAGCGUCUGCAGUGUUCAGUCCGCUGUAUGAGCUCCACAGCCAGGAAGAGGAGAAGUCUACGCAGUGCCUUCCCGGUGUUGGACCUGCCCCUCCAGCCCAUCCAACAACAUGUUUAUGAAGCUAACCUCCGAAACAGUAACACCUGCCACAACAAGUUCAUGGAGUUGAGUGAGAAGGUGAGGAAAGGUGGAGGAGACAACGCCAUAGUCAGACACACCCAGAGAAACAAGAAGUUGUUGGUCAGGGAUCGGCUACGGCUCCUGCUGGAUGAUGAGGACUUCUUGGAGCUGUCACCAUUUGCGGGUCUGGGUCUGCCGUACGGUGACAUCCCCUCAGCCGGGUGCCUAACUGGUAUCGGCAGGAUAAAUGGCCUGUGGUGUGUGUUCAUCGCCAACGAUGCCACAGUGAAAGGCGGCACAGCUUAUCCAAUCACAGUAAAGAAGCAGCUGCGAGCACAAGAAGUGGCGAUUCAUAACCGGCUGCCGUGCGUUUACCUGGUCGACUCUGGAGGGGCUUUUCUACCGCUGCAGUCUGAGAUCUUUCCCGAUAAGAACCAGGGAGGAAGGACGUUCUAUAAUGAAGCCAUCAUGUCUGCCAUGAAGAUCCCACAGGUGUCGGUGGUGUGCGGUUCAUGCACGGCGGGUGGAGCUUACAUCCCCACCAUGGCAGAGGAGACGGUGAUGGUGCACCGAAUAGGGACCAUAUUCUUAGGAGGACCUCCGCUUGUCAAGGCUGCCACGGGAGAGGAAGUCACACCAGAGAACCUAGGAGGAGCUAGGCUUCACUCUGAGGUGAGCGGCUGUGUGGACCAUUUUGCCUGGGAGGAGAAGGAGGCAUACGAGUACACCAGAAACAUCAUAUCCACCCUCAACUUCCAACUGCCUGAGGAAGAGGAGGAUGAUGAUGAGAAGAGGAAAGUAGAUGAGGAGCCGCUUUAUAGUUCAGAAGAGCUUCUGGGGCUCGCUCCAAAAAAUUACAACUACAGCCUGGAUGCUAAAAUGGUAGUUAGUCGACUGACAGAUGGGAGCCGCUUCCAGGAGUUCAAAGCUCGCUACGGGACCACGCUCAUCACUGGCUUUGCUAAGAUACAUGGUCACCUGGUUGGAAUAGUAGCCAAUAAUGGAGAGCUGUCAUGCGAGGCUUCUCUGAAAGGAAGCCACUUUGUCCAGUUAUGUGACCAGAGAGACAUCCCACUCCUCUUCCUCCAGAACACAGCGCCCACAGUAGCUCUCACACUCUCCACAAAACAGGCAGAUAUUAACAGCAACCGCCUGAAGGCUCAGGGUUCAAUGAUGUCAGCAAUAGCGUGUGCCUCCGUCCCCAAAAUCACUGUGGUGAUUGGUGGUUGUCACGGUGCUGACAGCUAUGCAAUGUGUGGGCGGGCCUUUGACCCAAAUUUCCUGUUCCUGUGGCCCAACGCCAGAGUGUCCAUGACGGCUCCGGGUCACGCCGACUCUCUGCUUCCCCCUGACACCGAGCAGGCGGAAGAAAAGAAGAAUCAAGAGGACAAACUGAACAAGAGAUUGGAGGAGGAGAGCUCAGCUUUCUACGGCUCCGGCCGACUCUGGGAUGAUGGAGUCAUUCUACCUCAGCAGACCAGGAAGGUUCUUAGAGACUGUUUGGACAUCAUCAAACAGCAGCAGUAUCAGCUUUCCACAGAGAAAAAGCGAUCAGUGCUCCUACGUAUAUAAAAACCUCCAUCCUUCAUCGUUCUCCUCCACACUUCCCCUGGACACUACAGACACCUGCAUCUCUGAUAAACCUGCCUGGCUGCUGGAGCUUAGUUACCAACAUGUGCCAAGAGGAUCUUCACCAACCCCACUAACAUGAGCAUUAUCACAUGACAAAAUGAGGACUUUCUCCAGCUUUUGAAAAGACUCUUUCUACAUUCAUGUAUUAGUACACACACACACACACAGCAGGGAGAAAUAUCUACAGGAGAUAAAGAGAUUAUUUCAUUGCCAAUCCUCUAAUCUGAUAUUUGCCUUAACUAAUGGAUCAAACCAUCAUCAGUCAUCCUUUAAUAUUGAAUUAGCACCCACAGUAGCGCACCUCCUCUCUUGGGUUUGGAAGAGAUUAUAGGAGAUGAUGAAUAUAAUGUAAUAAUGUGUUGUGGCUGCUCUUUAAAUGUGUGAUAAUUAAAUGUUUGUAUCUAAUUUUUGCACAUAACCUUUUCAUUCACUCAUAGUACAACUACAGGGCUGUCUUCAUGUUUUAUAUCUCCUGAAUUUAAUGGCUACCUCUGUUCAUACUGACUUGUAGCGGCAUCCAGCGAUGGCAGUGUAGGUCCGUUGGCCUGGACUGGACCUUUCUAUGAAUGUUUUAGUGACAGACAUUACAUAGCUGCAUCACUGUGACUGUAAAAUUGAGAUGUAUUGAAAUAGAAAUUAAAUUCAAUAAAAGUCACUAAAGUCACUCUAGUUAUGAGGGACUGCAGGGAUCACUGAUAUUAUAUAUAUUACACACACAGAACAGUCACAACAAAU